AUGAAGUGUUUGGUCUGGCUCAGUGUUCUCCUUUGCCUCUUUGCUUGUCAUCUCAAUGAGGCCAGAGUCAUCCCUGAGGGAGUGCCAUAUGAUGAACCACCAGCUGUUCCCUACUGGCCUUACUCCACCUCUGACUUCUGGAACUACAUUGAAUACUUCAAAUCCAUUGGCGCCUACAACCACAUCAACGAGAUGGCCCGGGCCUUCUUCGCCCACCAGCACCUCGGAGACACCCUGGGAUAUGAGUCCAACAUGGGGCAUGAACACUAAAAGGGG